GCGGAGCGGGAGGCGGGGAGGUGGGGAGGCCUGGAGGCCCGGCGGGCGGAUAACUGGGUCCGCCCUGCCGACGGACCCCGGGUCACCGUGGGGAGAGGCCGGCCGGGUUGCGGAGCCCGACUCCCGGCCUGCCUGGGUCCCGGACGCUCGUCCCCGCGCCGUGGUACCCCUCCCUGGCCACGACCCUCCCGGCUGAGGACACCCCGCCCCUCUCGCUGCCCGCGGCCUCCUAACCCCUCUCUGGCCCUUCGUCGCCUGUGCACCUGCCCUUUCGGCCUUGUGCUCCUACUCCCCCUCCAGGCAGGACCCUGGCCCAGCCUUACCUGCUCAGGACCCAGCACCAAAUUAGACUUGCUCCUUCAGCCCCCAAUCCGUCCCUCUUUGUCGUCUGUACACCUGUCACCUCAAUUCUGUUCAUUCACUCCACCACCCUGCCCCGAACAUCUUCAUCUACAUCCAGGCUAGGCCAUCAUCCCCCCACCCCCUCCCCCUCUCAGGGAUUCCUCCCGCCAGCUCUGAUUAUCCCUACACCUGCCCCACUCAGCCCCAGGCCCCCUGUCCUCGCCCGUCCACUCUCCUUUGUUGCCUCUGCAGCUGUCCCCUCGGCUCUAUUCAUCCCUCUCCCCCAAACCCCAGCCCAGACUCCCUUCUCCCUCUGACCAGGGGGCCACUUCCUCUGGGCUCUGUUCUGUCAUUUCUCCCCACUGCUCACUCAGCCUGGCCAUUUCCCUUCCUUUCAGCCCAGCCCUCUCACCUCCCGCUCAGGGUACCCUCACCCUCUUCCAGCUGGUCCAGUCUUCCCUGGCCUCUCCCCCACACCAGCCUAUCUCCCAGCCUCAUAUGUCUCUUUUCUUACUGACCUCCUCUCCCAACACGAGUGGCCUCCACCGUUGCCCCCGCUCGCCGUUUCCUCCCCACACAGGUGCUGUGGAGACACCAUGGAGCUGUGCAGCAAGAAGAAGCUUCACGCCCUGUCCCUGGCUGAGAAGAUCCAGGUGCUGGAACUCCUGGAUGAGUCCAAGAUGUCCCAGUCGGAGGUGGCCCGGCGCUUCCAGGUCUCCCAGCCCCAGAUCUCCCGCAUCUGCAAGAAUAAGGAGAAGCUGCUGGCGGACUGGUGCAGUGGCACGGCCAACCGGGAGCGCAAGCGCAAGCGGGAGUCCAAGUACAGCGGGAUCGAUGAGGCUCUGCUCUGCUGGUACCACAUUGCCCAGGCCAAGGCCUGGGAGGUGACGGGGCCCAUGCUGCUCCACAAAGCCAAGGAGCUGGCCGACAUCAUGGGCCAGGACUUUGUGCCCAGCAUUGGCUGGCUGGUCCGCUGGAAACGCCGAAACAACGUGGGCUUCGGGGCCCGCCAUGUAGUGGUGUCUCCGUUCACCCCUGAGCUGCCUCCCCCAGCUCCCACGCCCCAGGCCCAGCUGCCUCUUUCUCUUAAAGAUUUCUCCCCAGAGGACAUUUUUGGGUGUGCUGAAGUGCCCUUGCUAUAUCGGGCAGUGCCCGGCAGAGUGGGUGUGUGUGAUCGGGUACAGGUGCUGUUGUGUGCCAACAGCAGGGGCACAGAGAAACGGCGGGUGUUGGUCAGUGGGCUCCAGGCUGCCCCAAGAUGCUUCUUUGGGGUCAGCAGUGAGGCCCUGCCCGCCUCCUACCACCCUGACCUGGCCAUCCCCUGGUCAGAAUGGUUGGCACAGUUUGAUCGGGACAUGGGGCGGCAGGGCCGACAGGUAGCCUUGCUGCUGGCUGCCCGAGUGGUGGAGGAGUUGGCAGGCCUGCCCGGGCUCGGCCACGUGAAGCUCUUGCCUCUGUCCGCUGCUAGCACCACGCCUUCCCUGCCCAGCUCCGUGGUCCAGGCCUUUAAGGCCCAUUACCGGCACCGUCUGUUGGGCAAGCUGGCUGCCGUCCAGAGCGAGAGGGCUGGUACAUCGCUAGCUGAGGCCGGGGCAGGCAUCACAGUGCUGGAUGCUCUACACAUGGCAGCGGCGGCCUGGGCCAAGGUGCCUCUCCAGCUCAUCGUGAGCAGCUUUGUUCAGGAAGGGCUGGCUCCAGGCAGAACGGCCCUGGCCCCGCACAAAGCCUCGGAGAUGCCACCCGUCCCCGGUGGGCUGAGCCUCGAGGAGUUUUCCCGCUUUGUGGACCUGGAGGGUGAGGAGCCUGUGUCUGGAGUGUGCAAAGAGGAGGUGGGCACCGAAGACCAGGGUGGGGGUGGAGAGGACGUCUUGGAGCCCCUGCCCACCAAAGCCGACGCCCUCCGGGCUCUGGGCACGUUGAGGAGGUGGAUUGAGUGCAAGGGCAGCGGCCCUGAGCUGUUUGCAAAUUUCUACGCCUGUGAGGAGGAGGUGGAGCGACUCUGCUGCCUGUGAAGGGCCCUUCCAGCCGGAGCCCCUCCUCUCCUGUUUCCCAUGGAAACGCCCUCGCUCAGAAGGCAGAUUGGGGGCUGGUCUCUUUCCCGUGGAAAUGGAGCUUUUGUGAAAAGCGUUGAAGGGAGACAAGUUGGGGGACUAAGUCUAAGCUCUGAGCGAAAGUUCUCCAAGCCCUGAGAAGAGGGUCUAAAGAUGGGGUGUCAGGGAGAGAAGCUAGGCUGCAUGGUUUCUGAACCGCUGUGGAGUCAGGGACUUGGGAAGGUGGAAUUCGGGCUUUACAGACAGGCCGAUCCCUUGAAUUCUGCGUUAAAAACAGUUCUGCUUCUGGAAAUAAAGUUUUUAAUCAGAAAAGAGGCCAGGGUGUUAUUUUCACGGGAGAAGGGUGAAAACGUUCACCUCAGAUUUUUUUUUUUUUUUUUUUUUUUUUUUUGCGGUACGCGGGCCUCUCACUGUUGUGGCCUCUCCCGUUGCGGAGCACAGGCUCCGGACGCGCAGGCUCAGCGGCCAUGGCUCACGGGCCCAGCCGCUCCGCGGCAUGUGGGAUCCUCCCGGACCGGGGCACGAACCCGUGUCCCCUGCAUCGGCAGGCGGACUUUCAACCACUGCGCCACCAGGGAAGCCCCACCUCAGAUUUUUAAAUUGAUUGCUGGGGGUC